GCGCUUUAUACAUGCCGCUUGUUGGUUGGAAGGCGGUCACGAACGGAAGUGGAAACCAAGAUUGACAAGGCAACAACCAAAUGCGAUUCGGCAGGGCGCAAUAAAACAAAUCCAAGUGGCUGGAGGAUUGUCAGGCUAAGUCGAGUCGACUUGAGGACACUUUCCACCCGGGGAGGGAAGGGGUGCUUUCGACCUUUCACGAACUAAACCGACUACUGCGCGUUAGUGCUACAUUACCACCAAGGGCUAGUGGUACCAGUGACGUCGGCCGCGCCUGAUUGAUAAAUAAUAUAACAAUGGUGGCGGUGAGGACUCCCGACCGCAACUCGGAAAUCCAUCGGAGCGUCGUCGUCAUAAGCUGCGGGAUAACCCCCCAGGGCGAUUCCGGAGCUCCAAAGUGCCCCUCCACGCUGCUGCAGCCGCCGCCGCCGCCGACACCUCCCACCCGGUGGCCAACCAUUACCUUUGCGGGCGCAGCUAUGGCAGUGCUGCUACUCGCUGGGUACUGUCGUACAGCAUCCGCACAACAGCUAGACGCUACUGGCUGCGGUGCGCUGGUCGAUGAGUACGGCAUCGAGCCGGGGUACAGCUUGGGCAGUAUGCACCCUGACAAGCAGUUGGUCUACACCGACUCGGAUUGCGAAUCUAAGGUUUGUGACUACUGGCGGAGCAAGUACGGCGUCGUACCGUACGUGACGUACGGCACGAUGCCACAGCCGUUGCAGCACUCCUGGGACUGGAUCCGCCCGAACAGCGGCAAAACGUGUAACUCGUUGUCAG